AUGUCUAAAGGUUCUAAGAAGAGAAGAGCAGAGAGAAAUGAAAAGGGUCAGAAACUAAACAAUGAGGAUGUUACUUCUUGUACAACUUCUGGAGACAGUGAAGAAACGGUUUUAAAUGGGGAAACCAACAAUAACGGACUCAAGAAAGAUCCAAGCAUAGCUCCGUAUGUUAUUGUAGUCCAUGGACCUCCCAAGGUUGGGAAAUCUUUGUUGAUUGAUUCUCUAAUCAACUAUUAUACUUCAAAAAAUCAUACCAACGUAGGAAAGACCAUUAUAACAGGAUCAGGUAACCGGAGACGGAUACAGUUUGUGGAGUGUCCCAAUAAUAUGAAUGGCAUGAUUGAUGCUGCAAAAUAUGCAGACGCAGUGAUGUUGCUCGUUGAUGCAAAAUAUGGGUUUGAAAUGGAAACAUUCGAGUUCCUUCACUUCUUACAAGUUCAGGGCAUACCAAAGGUUAUGGGGGUGCUUACAAAUCUGGAUAAACUUAAAGAUGAAGAUGCACGCUCAACAACCAAAAAGUGCCUCAUCCGAAAAUUUAGGGAACACAUAUAA